GAGGCAUUACUGAGUCUGACUUCACUAGUUUAUUUGUAUGCUUUUGACUUUGUUGCAACACGUAUUCUCCCUCUAAAAAUAUAUUUUCUUUUUGACGUUAUGGCGCUGCUCAGAGGACUGGCCUUGUUAAAUAGAGUAACUCCAAACAAGUGUUUCACACCAGCACGAUUGUUUGGAAAUGGGACAAACACUUUAUUCCAGAGCGGUCCUCAAGCUAGAUUCUUCCCACCUUCUGAAGGUGUUAUGCUUCUCCCAGGAACUUUCAAAAACAAAGUGGCCUUUAUCACUGGAGGAGGAACGGGACUUGGAAAAGCCAUGACCGCUGCUCUGUCUUCACUGGGAGCAGAAUGCGUGAUAGCCAGCAGAAAUCUUGAUGUUUUGAAGAAAACAGCAGAGGAAAUCUCACAACAGACAGAAAACAAGGUCCAUGCCGUCCAGUGUAAUGUUAGAGACCCUGCUUCAGUUGAGGCUGCUGUUGACCAGCUUGUCAAUGAUGUCGGCCUGCCUGAUGUGGUGAUAAACAAUGCAGCUGGAAACUUCAUCUCUCCUUCAGAGAAGCUGUCUCCCAAUGCCUGGAGAACCAUCACUGACAUAGUGUUGAACGGCACUGCCUAUGUCACGCUAGACAUCGGGAAACGCCUCAUCAAAGCUGAGAAAGGUGCUGCUUUUCUGGCCAUCACCACAGUCUACGCUGAGAGUGGCUCAGGAUUUGUUGUGCCAAGUGCUGCGGCUAAAGCUGGAGUGGAGAAGCUGUGCACGUCUCUGGCUGCUGAGUGGGGCAGAUACGGCAUGAGAUUUAACGUUAUUCAACCAGGACCAAUCAAAACCAAGGGUGCAUUUAGCAGACUGGAUCCCACUGGCCUGUUUGAGAAGUCGCUAAUCGAAAAGAUACCCGUGGGUCGUCUGGGCACUCCUGGAGAGAUCGCCAACCUUGCCACCUACCUCUGCAGCGACUACGCCAGCUGGGUAUCAGGAGCGAUCAUUCGAAUGGAUGGUGGUGAAUAUGUCUCCAUGGCUGGGGAGUUCAAUGGUCUGAAGGAGGUCACAAAGGAGCAAUGGGCCAUGAUGGAAUCAAUGAUCAGAAGCACAAAGGGAUCGUAAACCUCUAAAACCACAGAAAUUCAGCACUAAUGACUCUCAUUGUCUAACAGAGGAUCAAUUGAAAUAUGGUUUGUAGACUGUAUAAAUUGAGACUUAAGUUGUCUUGGCACAUACAAAUAUCCAUUCUGUGACACAUUUAUCACCUUGAGGGCUGUAAGGAAUUGUUGUUUGGAGUAUUAGAGUCAUAUUGAAUUAAAAAUGUGUGGAUGUUUUCACAUUUAAGUUUGGCCUGUCUGCCAUUUCUGCCUUAAAAGUCCAAUGUAACAAUGACAUUUACAUUCUGUUGGCUGUAAACAUGUAGGUUACAUAUUUAGCCUGCAUGCUGCCCCAGUGCCCUUGGAUAGGCUACAGCAUCACUGCGACUUAUACAGAAUAUUAGAUUCCUACAAAUAUCAUUUUUAAAAGAAUGCAUAAAGUCAACCUAAACUUGAUUUAAAAGGUUUGAAAUCUUACAACAACUUCCAACUGCCUUAUAAUGUAAUGACUAAGUACAAAUUAAAGUUUGGUGUAUACUACCUUGUUUCAUGCAUUGAAAUUAUUUUAGUCAAAAAUAGAAUAAAUUCUGCAUUGUU